CAUGAUGGGGUCCCCGAGAUGUGCGAGUCAGACUUCUCUACGGAGUACCGCCUGUGCUAAUAGCCCUUAGCCCAGCACACUAUGUCUGUGAUUCGUUCCAAUGCAACUAUCCCUGGGGAAGAGCUCAAAAUAGCAACAGAGAAACGAUGUGUUGGAAUGGCGACACUUUUUACCCUACUAGCGAUAGUAGCCAUUGGUGAACCAUCCCCUUGGGAUCUCUCUAGCAAUGAUAAGCCCAUUCUUGGGGUCAAGCGAGUUCCCCCGCCCUCACUGUCUGACUACUUUUGGAUCCCUCUCUCACCCACCCUGUUACCUGGGCCGGGAGAAGCCAGCCACCAGACAACCGCAACGUCGUUCCGAGUGUACCACCACCCGAUAGCAAAAUGGUCAAAUGCGUCUUCUAUCUAUGCAUAUACACCUCCAUCAUCGUUCAUGCGAGAGCAGAGGCAGGGAUCUUCUACAAUCCUCCGACCGGCGGCCCCAUCCACGACUACUCGGAGGACCCCGUCUACACCCUCGAACAGACUGUCCAGCUCCGAUGGGCGACCAGCCUCGAAUACCUGUCUCUGAUGCUCUGGCAGAAUGACAAUUCCGACUACGAGUGGCUUCAAACCAACCUCAGCGGUGUCACCAGCUACGACUGGGUGGUCAGCACCCAAAGGAACCUGAGCGACGGCGUAGUGUUCUUCUUCCAGAUCCGCGAUGCGACCGAUCUGGAAGACUGGGACGGGGUGUUCGCCAGCCACUACUUCAAUAUCUCUGCGGGUACGACCACCACGGCAGCAAUCGGAACCUCAACUACAACAACGGCGGUAUCGACGUCUGCCACAUCCAUCCCCUCUGUGGCGUUGACUGCAUCAGCUGCUGUCACCGCCACAUCGGCAUCGGCGGAGACCACCACCCCGGCAGCGACGACUUCGGGGUCGGGUAGAGGAGCAAAGAUCGGAAUCGGAGUGGGGGUGGGUUUGGGCUGUGCGCUGUUGCUGACGAUCGGACUGGCCUGGUACUGGCUCUGGCGACGUAGGAAGGUAGCCAGACGAGGGGCGAUGGCUCCGAUGGAUAUGAGAAGCGAGACUGUGCCAUCGUAUGAGGUGCCGGCUUUCUCGAAGGAUCCCAAAUACUCGCGUGCAUCGGUACCUGCGGAGAUGGAUGGCCGCGAAGAGGUCCCGCAUGAGUUGCCAUCAUAAGAGACUCACUGCUCCUAGGCCCUGUCAUAGGACCAUAUCGGUGAUGAUCGGUUAAUGAUAAUAUCUACUGGUGCAUU